UUGCUUUUAUUUCAGGAUGGUUACGCUUCGUUUCCUAACCUGUUUUUGAGGAGGAAGCACCUGGAAAGUUUGGAAGUAUUGUUAAAGAAAGCUCCAACGGAAGAUACGAAGGUUUUGGUCAAGAAUGCGUUUGCAGACGGAUAUGUCGCUGCUGGAGGUCUCACGAAGCGUUACGUAGGCGUCGCAACCGCGGUGUUGCUUCUUCCAAUACUACUGGUGCUGGCCGUACUCUAUGGACUUGUUGGCGAUCGGAUUCUGUCCACGUUUAGCCGCGAGGUAGUCCCGGAGGACGUCUCGGUAAACUUUGAAGACGUUAAAGGGAUCGACGAUGCUAAGAAUGAGAUGAUCCGGAUUGUCGAAUUUCUGAAAGACCCUUCAAAAUUUUCUCGACUUGGAGGCCGUCUCCCUAAGGGUGUUAUACUUGUUGGUCCACCUGGUACAGGCAAGACCCUCCUGGCAAAGGCCAUUGCUGGAGAGGCGGGAGUGGCGUUUUUUCGUGCGUCCGGCUCUGAAUUUGAAGAAAUGUUGGUUGGACUUGGCGCUAAGCGCGUUCGAGAGCUCUUCGCUGCUGCAAGGCUCAGAGCACCCUGUGUAGUAUUCAUCGAUGAAAUCGAUACCAUCGGUUCUAAAAGAGUCAGCUCUUCGAUUUAUCCAUAUGCAAAUCAGACGAUAAACCAGCUUCUGAACGAAAUGGAUGGCUUUCAAAGCACUGAAGGCGUGAUUGUUUUGGCAGCUACUAAUCGACGCGAAGAUCUUGAUCCGGCACUGAUGCGGCCUGGAAGGUUCGAUGUCGAGGUCAAAGUUGGUUAUCCGGAUUCAAAAGGGCGCGUUGAAAUAUUCAAACUUUAUUUGAGCAAAAUAAAGGUUAAUCCAGAUAUCGAUAUAGAGCUUCUUGCAAGGUGGACCACCGGAUUCACUGGCGCAGACAUUGAAAACAUGGUUAACCAGGCGGCGUUGAUGGCCGCCGCAGAUGACAGGUCUGACGUGAACAUGCAGUACAUGGAAAGUGCCCGCGAUUUUGUCUUGAUGGGUCCUGGUGGUAAAAAGCGAGUACCGGACGAGUACGCAAAUCGCAUCACCGCCUACCAUGAAGCGGGCCACACAGUCGUAUCGUAUUUUACAAAAAACAGCGUGCCGUUGCAUCGUGUAACCAUUCUUCCUCACGGGCCUUCACUUGGCCAUACCGCGUAUAUGCCAGAAAAGGACCAGUACCACGUGAGCAAAGAACAGAUCUUGGCAACGUUGGACACGCUUAUGGGAGGUAGAGCCGCAGAGGACAUCGUUUUUGGUGCGGACAAAAUCACAACCGGUUCAGCGGACGAUUUGAGGAAGGCUACCGCUAUCGCCACUGAAAUGGUCAAACAGUACGGAAUGUCAGAAAAGGUUGGUCUGCGGGUCUUUCCAGAUUCGGAGGGUUUUGCCCUUCAGCAGUCGCUGGAAAGGGGUGCAAGUACAAACGAAGAGAUAGAUUCUGAGAUAAAGAAGAUAUUACAGGAUGCUUACGAGCGCGCCAGGAGCAUCAUCAAAAGUCAUAUAAACAUCCACAAAAAUUUAGCCGAAGCCUUACUCACGUAUGAAACGCUAGACGCAAAAGAAAUUCAUCAGGUGAUCGAGGGUCUUCCUUUGCAGAAAGCAUUUACUAUGGAAGAACGCCUAGUGAAACUUUCCCAAGACCUGAAGGCUGUAGUCAAAUCGCGUGUCGUUUCUGCCGAAGAGAUGCAGAAAUGGACGGAAGAUGCAUGUUCGUUUUUCUUCGACGAGAAUUCUGUUGACAGCGAUGAUAUCUUGGUGCAUUUUUGUUUCGAAGCAGCGAAGCGCGAUUUGGCUGCUGGCAGAGUUAAGGAGAUCUUAAUCAGUGCGGAAUUGUCAGCGGAGAAUGCGGACACGUUCAUUAUUACGUUCGAGGUAUGA